AUGGGGAGCUUAUGCGAACCACGAUAUGAGUCGACGAAGAAUGAUGAUAAUCUUCUGGACAGGGGCUACGGGCUCUUCGGGUACUGCUCUCUCUCUCUCUCUCUCUCUCUCUCUCUCUCUCUCUCUCUCUCUCUCCUCGCGAUCGUAAUGCCGAGGGUUUUUUUGAUGAAUCGUCGAGUUAUUUGUAAUUUUGGGCGAAUGGUUCAGGUGCUCCCAUUACCGGAGAAGAUGUAAGAUCAGGGCCCCCUGCUGCAACGAGAUCUUCGAUUGCAGGCACUGCCACAACGACGCCAAGGUUUUUCUUCUGAUAAAUUUUCUUUUUCCGAUUAAGUUGUUCAUAUUUGAUAAAGAUGGAAUACUUCUUCCGUGGUAAAAUGGACUCGAGUAGCUCAUCGUUCCCCCUUGAUUCCUUUGAUUAGAACUCCCUGGAGGUUGAUCCAAGAGAAAGGCAUGAGAUUCCUCGCCAUGAAGUGGAGAAGGUACGAUCACGUCUUCCUUCCAAAUCAGCCCCGAUUUAGAAAAACUGUGAAUAAGUCCUGAUUAUUCAUCCGUCAUGUUGAUCUCUCAGGUCAUCUGUUCUCUCUGUGGCUUGGAGCAAGAUGUGAGUAAUCUCCUCUGAUGACACAGUACUUAGUCCAAAUAAACUUGUUUACUUCGUCGUUAUCUCCACAAAUUAGGGUUUAGACGAUGAUGACGAAGAUGAUGUUGAUGAGGUUUUUUGCCAUUUUGAUCUUAUUUAUGCAGUAUUUUUUAGGUUUAUUCCCCCUUUUUUUUUCUUCUGUGUUCAGGUUCAACAGUUCUGUGAAUCAUGCGGAAUCUGCAUGGGAAAAUACUUCUGCGAGAAGUGCAAGUUCUUUGACGACGAUGUACGCAGUAUUUUUCUUCUGAGAAACAUCGAAUAAAUCGGAUUACCUCCCAUAAUUUCUCACAGAAACUGCCUUCAUUUCCCUGUUCAGGUUUCCAAGAACCAAUUCCACUGUGACGGGUGUGGCAUUUGCAGGUUGAGCUUCUGAACCAAUGCCUAUGAUUUCCAUUAUUGCUUCAUGUUAUAUGAACAUCUCCUCAUGAUCUUGCUACUUCUCAGAACUGGCGGGCUAGAACACUUUUUCCACUGCACUCGAUGCGGUAAGCCGGCGAUCAAUCUUCCUAAUCUUCUAGCUUCUUAAGAAUCAGGAAAUUAAUAAACUGGUGUUGCCCUCUUUUUGCCAAAUCAGGAUGCUGCUACAGCAAUGCAUUGAGAGAUUCACAUCGAUGUGUGGAGAAGGCAAUGCACCACAACUGCCCCAUAUGCUUCGAGGUAGGAAGCCCACCCUCCAUCCUUCUCUGUCAUUCUAAUUUUUCUCAUACCCCGGAACUGAUAUAUAUAUGUUUUUUUUUUUUUUUUUUUUUUCAGUAUCUGUUCGAUUCUAUCAAAGACAUAAGCGUGCUGAAUUGCGGGCACACGAUACACUUGGAUUGCUUGAAAGAGAUGCACUUCCAUUUGAAGUAAGUUGGUGGGAAGCAAGACGAUGAAUUUUUUAUUUUUCAUUUUAAUUGAUGAUUUCCAGGUUUUCAAUCCCCUCGUGAUGACUGUUCUUCCAAAAUAAAAAGAAAAAAUAAAAUAAAUUUCCCCCCACCAAUUGCGACUCAUAGGCUUCUUUUUUUAUUUAAUUUGCAUAACUAGGGAGAGAUGGUCCAUGAAAUUUCUUUCCUUUUUUGGAAAUUAGCGGAAAUUAUUCAUCCACCUGCAACUGAUGGCCAUCAAUCCCUUCCUCUUUUUGGAAAGUAGAAGAAAUCUUCGCCCUCUUGCAACUGAUGGUUUUUUUUUUUUUUCAAAUAAAGUUAUAUGAUUAAAGUCCAUGGCAAUCUCCCCUCUCUUGAAAAUCAUCAGAAAUUAUUCACCCGCCUUCAAUUAUUAUUAUUAUUAUUAAGUUGCGUGAUUAGGGAGAAAUAAUCCAUCGUGAUUAACCAACCCCGGGGUCAUUUUUCUUCAGCUUUACAUGCCCAAUUUGCUCGAGGUCGGUGUGCGACAUGUCAGGAGUCUGGGAGAAGCUCGAUCAGGAGGUAUGAACCCACGAACCAAAAUUAUGAAAUUUACCAUAAUUCAACCCGGAUCGAGCUGGCAACUUACGAAAUAAUCAUUCUGUCAUCCUCAGGUCGCUGCAACGCCGAUGCCCCUUAUGUACCAGAACAGGAUGGUAAGAAUUUACUAUCAAAAAAAUUAAAAUUAUCCAAACCCAGAAAAUCUUUGCAGUUUUUAGAAAUAUUAAACUGCCUCUUGGAUAUAUAUUUCCAUUUAGGGGUUCUGGGUCUCAUGUACCGGGUUUUUCUUGGCCAAUCCGCAGAUUUGGAUCCUCUGCAACGACUGCGGAGCGACGUCUGAGGUCCAUUUCCACAUCGUCGGCAGCAAGUGCCCUCACUGCAGCUCCUACAACACCAGGCAGACGAGAGGAGCUCCUGCUUGCUCGUCAAAUCACUGA